CUCAUCCUGUCCCUAAGCAUGUGUCGCUGGUUCGCAUACAUCUCUUCCACCGAGCCAUGUCUGCUCGAAGAUGUGCUUGUCUCGCCCCAACACAGCCUAGUCAAGCAAGUUUCCGACCAUUACCUACCGAAGCUGGUCCCUCAUAAGGGCGAUCAGCCAGCCGAGGACGACGCCAAAGCCCGAAACAUCGUCUUCAACUUCGACGGCCUCGGAAUAGCGUGGUACACUUCCUCGAAUGCUGACUUCGAAUUGGCCGACACGGGCGAAAGCGCAGACGGCACCCAAAAAGAUGGACUACGACCGGCAUUGUAUAAAACGAUUCAGCCUCCGAGGAAUGAUGGGAACUUCUUGUCCAUUUGUGCCAAUACGGAGACGAGAGUGCUCUUUGGCCAUAUCCGUGCGUCGUCGGGUACGGCUAUUGCGACUACUAAUAACCAUCCUUUCGUGUUUGGUCGGCAUACCUUCAUGCACAAUGGAGCGGCGAGUGAUUUUCAACAAAUCAAGCGAGCUGUGAUUCAUGAGAUGAGCGAGGCUGCAUAUGCACGUGUGUACGGUGGCACAGACUCCGAACACAUCGCAGGACUCUACAUGACCUACCUAACAUCUAGCGGGGACGCCUCGACUUUCGAAAACAUUUACUCUCCGCAAGAAAUGACUGCAGCGCUGCACAAAGCCGUAGCAACCAUCAUCGGCCUCCAACACAAGAUCCUCGGCUCCGCGAAAAGAGCCAACUCCCUCAAUCUAUGCGCCACGGAUGGCGUUCACCUAAUCGCCUACCGUUUCCGAAACCACAAGACUUCUCAACCUCCCAGUCUAUAUUACAGCACCAAAGCUGGAGUGACUUUGAACAGGAAAUAUCCUGACAAUGCCGAUGGAGUCGCUCGACCACAGAGAUAUGUUGGAAUUCCAGAAGAGCGACAUGGAGAUCAUCUCAUUGUGGCUUCGGAGCCGAGUACUUACAAAGAAAAUGAUUGGGAACUGAUUGGAAGGAACCAGUACCUCGUUUCCGGACCCAGUGGCAUAUUCGAGGUUCAAGAUUGUCCUUAUGGAGCGGGAUGGGAUGGCCUGGACUGAGUGCCAGAGUGUGUCGUUUUAGGUACCAUCUAAUGGCUGAUAACAUUUGCGUCA